GAUGGAAUUGCUUUCUUUGGCAACGAUAGUUUCUGUUUACUCUGAAGGAAUUAGUGUUGAAAAGAAAUACUUUAAAUAUGGACCUGAUACCUUUACUGGAUCCAGGAGUACAGGCAGGCGUGAAAUCAGAAGAGGAAAUGCUAAGUGAAUUCGAAGAAAUCUAUGAAUCGGUUUGGUCACAUCCAGACCUUUCGACGACCGAUUGGAGAGCCGAUUGUGGUCGUAUCCUAAUAACAACUGAAGGGAAGUAUACCGUUACUUGCAAUGGGUGCAGUGAUCGCUUUGAUAGUAUGGAAUGCUUUGGGAUUCAUUUGAAAACUGCCCACCCAGACUAUGGUGUACAGAAAGAUGGCUGGAGUAAAGUCCCAAUAAAGGAGGAGGAACCAAUCAAAAAUCAUGAAAUUGUAGAUAAAGCAGUUGGUACAAUAGAUGGAAUCGUAACCGAGGUAACUGUCCGAAGGCUUUCAGAAAACUCCAAUUCAGAAAAAAUCGCCGCGAAUGUCCCGAAAAAUAUUAUCAUAAAGAAGAUUCCAAGGGAAAUGAAACUUCCACGCCGCAAAAUCUGUUCGGGCAAUCCAAGGAAACGUGUGAAAAUUACAGCCGAUCCUAUUUAUGAUGGAAAACGACUCUUUUGUGUCACAUGUGAUCGUCAAUUACCUUCAAAACAGGCCUUCACGCGACAUAAGAAUUAUCACAAGGGGCGGCUUCGUAAACAGAGAAUAACUCAUUUGAAUCAUGGCGGCCAGGAAAAUGCUUCAAACGAAACUAAAGUUAAGGAUAUUGGCGAUUACGAGGGCACCAUCAGAAACGUACAUCCAACGCAUCUAAAGUGCCGUUUUUGUCAUAUGCAAUUUGCAAAGCCAACAGAACGUUUCCAACAUGAGAAAAGUCACCCUAAAGAAAAGAAGCCAUAUCGGUGUCCAUUAUGCCCGAAAUCUUUUACCAGAACUACAGAACGCGAAAUUCACGAAUCUACUCAUGGAGAAGAUCGACCAUAUCGUUGUGAACAAUGUCCUAAAUCAUUCCGACAUAAGGCAAGUUGUAAUCGUCACUUUAAAGAAGUUCAUGGUGGACUAAACCCAGGAAAUGUAGUAUCUCUUCAAUUAGAGGACACUACGAAAAAUGGGAAACUGAUACGAAAUAAAAUGGUUGUGUUUUCCGAAAGCCCCAAUUUCGAUGACGAGAAAAAUCUUUGUAUCACGUGCAAUCUUGAAUUCGCCUCCAGCGUCAGUCUUAGUACUCAUAGGUUACUGCAUCAGAGUAUGAUCUUGAGAAAACAAGCAACAUUUUCUUGUGAAUUAUGCUCGGGACGAUUUAAAUCAGGCCUGGAAUUGGGAGAGCAUAUCGCAAUGUGUCAUGGAGAAGAGGUUCAAAAACCCCUACAAGACAAUCCAAUGAACUCUCAAAGCGAAUCUAGUCAUGACCGACUUGAGGAGCCAACAGAGUGUUAUCUACCCGAAAAGCAUACCGAGGAAACUGCUGAUCAACCGAAUCGUCCAGGUGAACCUUCACAUUCUGGCGGAAAAUCCUUUCCAUCAGUUGGUACAAUAGAUGGAAUCGUAACCGAGGUAACUGUCCGAAGGCUUUCAGAAAACUCCAAUUCAGAAAAAAUCAUCACGAAUGUCCCAAAAAAUAUUAUCACAAAGAAGAUUCCAGGGGAAGUGAAACGUCCACGCUACAGAAUCUGUUCGGGCAAUCCAAGGAAACCUGUGAAAAUUACAGCCGAUCCUAUUUAUGAUGGAAAACGACUCUUUUGUGUCACAUGCGAUCGUCAGUUACCUUCAAGACUGGCCUUCACGCGACAUAAGAAAUAUCACAGGAGGCGGCUUCGUAAACAGGGAAUAACUGAUUUGAAUCAUGGCGGCCAGGAAGAUGCUUCAACCAAAACUAAAGUUAAGGAUGAACUUGAUAUUGGCGAUUACGAGGGCACCAUCAGAAACGUACAUCCAACGUAUCUAAAGUGCCGUUUUUGUCAUAUGCAAUUUGCAAAGCCAACAGAACGUUUCCAACAUGAGACAAGUCACCCUAAAGAAAAGAAGCCAUAUCGGUGUUCAUUAUGCCCGAAAUCUUUUACCAGAAAUACAGAACGCAACAUUCACGAAUCUACUCAUGGAGAAGAUCGACCAUAUCGUUGUGAACAAUGUCCUAAAUCAUUCCGACAUAAGAGAAGUUUUAAUCGUCACCUUAAAGAAGUUCAUGGUGGACUAAACCCAGGAAAUGUAGUAUCUCUUCAAUUAGAGGACACUACCAAAAAUGGGAAACUGAUACGAAAUAAAAUGGUUGUGUUUUCCGAAAGCCCCAAUUUCGAUGACGAGAAAAAUCUUUGUAUCACGUGCAAUCUUGAAUUCGCCUCCAGCGUCAGUCUUAGUACUCAUAAGUUACUGCAUCAGAGUAUGAUCUUGAGAAAACAAGCAACAUUUUCUUGUGAAUUAUGCUCGGGACGAUUUAAAUCAGGCCUGGAAUUGGAAGAGCAUAUCGCAAUGUGUCAUGGAGAAGAGGUUCAAAAACCCCUACAAGACAAUCCAAUGAACUCUCAAAGCGAAUCUAGUCAUGACCGACUUGAGGAGACAACAGAGUGUUAUCUACCCGAAAAGCAUACCCAGGAAGCUGCUGAUCAACCGAAUCGUCCAGGUGAACCUUCACAUUCUGGCGGAAAAUCCUUUCCAUCGGCUGAUACAAUAGAUAGAAUCGUACCGGAGAAAACUGUGUGUAGGCUUUCAGAAAAUUUCAAUUCAAAAAACACCCUCACCAAUAUCUCGAAAAAUAUUACCACAAACAAAAAUCGAGAGGAAGUGAAAAUUCCACGCUACAGAAUCUGUUCGGACAAUCCAAGGAAACCUGUGAAAAUUACAGCCGAUCCUAUUUACGAUGGAAAAAGACUCUUUUGUGUCACAUGUGAUCGUCAAUUACCUUCAAGACUGGCCUUCACGCGACAUAAGAGUUAUCACAAGGAGCGGCUUCGUAAACAGGGAAUAACUCAUUUGAAUGAUGGCGGCCAGGAAGAUGUUCCAAACGAAACUAAAGUUAAGGAUGAACUAGAUAUUGGCGAUUACGAAAUCCAGGACUCAGUUUACCAUGGAGAAAGCGUUGAAAAAAUUCAUGAUGGGGACCGAAUGAAAAAGGAUAUGGAUAAUUUGGUUGAUUCACAUUGUAAUCCUUCACGGGUUAGAUGCAUGAAUAUAAAACCCGAAAACAGUAUGUUAACUGAAACCGAUCUGACCAAGGAAAGCACAAAUAUGGUAAUUGUUAAAUCAGUAUUCGCUAACCCAGAUGAGGAAACACUAUCCGAAGACAUCAAUCGACAGAUUGAAACAGAAUCAGAGCAAAGGCUGAAUCUGGAUACCAAGUUCAACAACUCAAAGAGUCGAGACUCGCUUAGAGACGAACCGACGGACUUCCAGUGCCGAUUUUGUAAUAAGCACUUUGAAAACCUAACAGAACGGUGCCUGCACGAGGAAAGCCACAUCAACGAAAAGGCACCUUAUCGGUGUUCAAUAUGCUCGAAAUCAUUUACCAGGAACUUCAAUCGCAAAAACCACGAACUCAUCCAUAAAGGAGAUCGUCCAUUUCACUGUUUAGACUGUGGUAAAACCUUUCCAACUAAGUCAUAUCUUAAACUUCAUGUUCAACGUUCAAUGGCGAAAGGAUGCGAACUGGAAUCGUCUUCGGCAGGAAUUAGCUGCAAAACUAGGAAGCUCAAAGCUAACACAUCGUUUGGUGCCGAUGUUCAAUCAUCUAGCCAGAGAGAAGUGGCAAUUGAUUCGUCGAAAGAAAGCGCUACCAAAAAUGAUAAAACAACUUUCUGCGAAGAGACUAGCUUACAAAAAAAAGGAAUAGAUGAGGGGCGACAAGUAGAAUCGAUGUCUAAACGCCGGACCGUAUUUACAUUUGAACCCAAGUUCGACGAGGAAAGAAAUUUUUGUAUAACAUGCGAUCUUCAAUUGGGUUCUCAGGAAGCAUUCAUAAAUCAUAAGAAAAAACAUAGAUCGAGUAUUCGAAAGUGGAAGAUCCGCAAUGGCUUGAGAUAGCGCAGAAAACAUGGCAAAACUGUGUUUUCCGAAAAACCCACUUUUGAUGAUGAGAAACAAUUUUGUAUGAGUUGUGAGUUCCCCACUACUAUCAGCUUUAAGUAUCAUAAAAGGAUACAUAGAAUGAAGAUUCAUGAAAAGCGAGGUAGAACUAGAGCCUUGUCUUGUGAACUAUGCUCUGAACGUUACUGUUCGAGAAACGCUUCAAAUACAAUGUUCGAAAAAUGCGUUCUUUGAAAAUACUGGGACCGGACUUCUUUCGAGAUUCAACCAAAUUCACGGUUGGGUGAGAACGAGAUGGUAUAAUAAACAAAACGACAGAUUAGUGUUAAUUGAUUAAUUUUAUUGCCCGCACAAAGCAGGAUGAGAAGAAAAGAAACGAAAAAACGAAACGAGAACGUGAAAACAGUAAAAAAGCGAAUUGCGCGUGAAAGAUGAUAAUAAACGUCAAGCGGAGAUCUUGAUAGAGAACCGCUGUAAAUUUACACACCCAGUCAGCGCUAACGUAGAGAUAAGAUGAGAUGAGAAGCGGGAG